AUGUACCGGCUCCUGGGUGCGGCGAUACGGCGGGCGAUCCCCGGGGAGAGCUAUGGCGGUCAGCGGCGCCGGUCGCACCAGCAGGCCAAGUGGCCGCUGGGGCAUGGCUGGGUCGGCGGGCUGGGGCUGGGCUUGGGGCUGGCGCUCGGGGCGAAGCUAGUGAGCGAGCUGAGGGGCGCGAGUCCUUCGUCGAGCUCUGGGGCACCGCGGCCGGACGAAUUGGCUCCGGGCGAGCUUCUGACCCCGGCCCUGGUCCAGCUACCCCGACAGCCUCCCGCACCGCCGCACCCCCCAGCGUCCGAGCGCUACGCCCGAGCCAUCGAGAGCAGCCGGGACCUGCUGCACCGGAUCAAGGAUGAGGUGGGAGCGCCAGGCAUAGUAGUUGGAGUUUCUGUAGAUGGAAAAGAAGUCUGGUCAGAAGGUUUGGGUUAUGCUGAUGUAGAAAACAGAGUUCCAUGUAAACCAGAAACAGUUAUGAGAAUUGCUAGCAUCAGCAAAAGUCUUACCAUGGUGGCCAUUGCCAAAUUAUGGGAAGAGGGCAGAUUGGAUCUUGAUAUUCCAGUACAGAAAUAUGUUCCUGAAUUUCCAGAGAAAGAAUAUGAAGGUGAAAAGGUUUCUGUCACUACAAGAUUAUUGAUUUCUCAUUUAAGUGGAAUUCGCCACUAUGAAAAGGAUAUGAAAAAAGUGAAAGAAGAGAAGGCUUAUAAAGCUUUGAAGAUGAUGAAAGAGACAAUGGAAUUUAACCAAGACAAAGACUUGAAAGAAAUAGGAGGCAAAAGUAAUGAAAAGAAUGACAUUGCCAAAGUUAAGAUAGAGCAAGAUAGUGAGGGCAAAGGCCGAAAUUCCAAACCUGGCAAGAAGAAGAAUGAUUUUGAACAAGAUGAAUUAUAUUUGAAAGAAAAAUUUGAAAAUUCAAUAGAGUCUCUAAGAUUAUUUAAAAAUGAUCCUCUGUUUUUUAAACCAGGUAGUCAGUUUUUGUACUCAACUUUUGGAUAUAGUCUACUGGCAGCUGUCAUAGAAAGAGCUUCAGGACAGAAGUUUUUGGACUACAUGCAGAAAAUAUUCCAUGACUUGGACAUGGUGACAACUGUGCAAGAAGAAAAUGAACCAAUGAUUUACAAUAGAGCAAGGUUUUAUGUUUAUAAUAAAAAGGGACGUCUUGUCAAUACCCCUUAUGUGGACAACUCUUAUAAAUGGGCCGGCGGUGGAUUUCUUUCUACAGUUGGUGAUCUUCUUAAAUUUGGGAAUGCAAUGCUCUAUGGUUACCAAAUUGGAAUGAUUAAAAACUUAAAUGAGAAGCUUUUGCCAGGGUACCUCAAGCCAGAAACCAUGGUCAUGAUUUGGACUCCCGUGCCAAACACAGAGAUGUCUUGGGACAGAGAAGGAAAAUAUGCAAUGGCCUGGGGUGUGGUGGAAAAGAAGCAGAAAUAUGGCUCCUGCCGGCAACAGAGACAUUAUGCUUCUCACACUGGAGGGGCAGUGGGUGCUAGUAGUGUCCUGCUAAUUCUUCCUGAAGAUUUGGAGGUAGAAACUUCAGAUAACAGGAUGGCCAUUCCCCCAAGAGGAGUGAUUGUUACCAUCAUAUGUAACAUGCAGUCUGUUGGCCUCAAUAGCACUGCCUUAAAAAUUGCACUGGAAUUUGAUAAAGACAAAUCAGACUGAUUGAUUAGCACCAGAUGUGGUAAAUUUAAAUAGCAUUACAAAUAACAAAAGUACCAAAAGACAUGAGAUUUAAGAAUGAAUUUGUAAUAGGAAAUAGGCAAUGCAGAGAAUUAUGUACCUCUUAAUUGUUUUAACUUUUUAUAAAUAUGUUUGGCUUUUUGUGAAAUUAGUACUUUAUGCUCAGGGAAGUAACCUUAUGAUUUUUACUUUUUUCAGAAAGUUAACUCAUUUGAAAUAAAAUAUUCUAUUAAAAA